AUGACCCAGCAGGAGGAUAAAUACCUGAGACUUCCCACCAGACAGAGAAAACACUGGACUGUAUGCUUCAAUCUCAUGUGUUCACCAAUGGCAUCCUUUGUAUGGGAGUGUUUGUUCUGUUUUCUCCCAUCACUGCUGCUUCUGCUGCUGUCUCUGGCUUUCCGCUGGCCCAGGGCACGCUGUUGGACGAGGCUGGCUGUCAGGGCUGCUGGCUGGAGGCUCUGGGUCAUCAUCUGUCUGAUCCUGGAGCUGCCGCUAGACAGGGAUACAAGAGCCCUGACGGAGGAGGCCGGGUCGCCAGGGACGGAUGAUUUGUUGGGGUCAGGUCACGCCUCAGACGGUCCCAGGCUCAUCUGCAAAGCCACCGCGCUGGCUAAAUAUCUGAUCCGGCACUGUGGCUCUCUGGCCGGGCCGAGACUGGCCUCCUGGCCCAGAGGGGACCCGCACCUUCAGACUCUGUCCAGCAUGCUGUGUGGACAACAUGGAGACACGUUACAGUUCACUAGAGACCAUCUGUUAUUGAGAGACGGGGGUAUCGUAGCUCUGGACUGGGCUGUGGGAACAAGACAGGGUGAGGCAGGCGGGAGGAAGAGGUGGGAGGGGAGGAAGGAGCAUCAGUCAGGGGGAAAGGCGUUAGGCUGCUUCACCACGACGCCCCCUGUCCUGCUCGUCAUCCCUCAGUCCUGGGGAGGGAUGACCCCCCACCUGAAGACGCUGUGCCAUCAGGCGAUGCGUCAGGGCUUUUACGUGGUGGUGUUUCACCCUCGAGGCACAGCAGGGUGCCCGCUGACCACAGCACGACGGACUGAGUUUGGAGAUCCAGCUGAUCUAGAGCAGGCGGUGGCUUAUGUCCACAGCCGCCACCCAUCCUCUGUGUUGGUUGCAGUGAGUGAGGGUUCAGGCUCGGGCAUUCUUCUCUCCUACUUGGGGGAGUCUGGAUCGAGCUCACACCUGACAGCGGCUGCAGCCAUCUCACCUGUGCUCCUCGGCCAGCUGUGGUUUGAAACAGCCCCGCCUCUUCUGUAUCGCUGGGGGGUUUUGUUUCACCUGAAAACGCAGCUCAGCAGAUAUGCGAGUUCCUUCAGAGGAGUCCUGGAUGUGGAUCGGGCCCUCAGCUGUUCCUCCCUCAGAGACUUUGAGGAAACUCUCUCCUGCUCUUCAGCCCAGCUUCAGCAGAGAGCCGCCACACCUCCUCUACGCUCUCAAAAUCCUGAACUGAGCUCAGGGUCCCAUUCCCCGCAGGGCCUGGCACCCUCAGUGGCCUGGGCGCUGGGCGAGAGGGCCUACCCAGCCAAGGACUGGGACAGCUACUGGGAGAGGAACGAACCACUGAGAGACGCAGACGAGGUGGCGGUCCCUGUGCUCUGUAUCUGCAGCCGAGACGACCCUCUCCUCCCGCCAGCCUCCACUUUACCCCUUCCCCUUUUCCAGAGUAAUCCUUAUUUCCUCCUGGCUUUGACAGACAGAGGAGGGCACUGUGGAUUCACUCUGGAGGGAGGGAGGACCACAAAUGAGGAGGUGGAGGAUGGUAACUGGAGUCAUAUCGCAGUUCUGGAGUACUUCCGAGUAGUGGCUGAUUUCCUGAAAGGGGAGGAGAGGGACAAGGCGAGCUGGGGCGGUCCGCUGGGAGAGUACGGCCAGGCUGGGCAGAGAAGCAGGACCGGCAACACGGCUCCGCCUCGCAGGAGGAGAGCCACCAUGAUGAGGAGACUGAGACUGCAGGGCCCUGAGCAGAGUAGGGUGGAUGCAGAGGAAGGGAACUUCACCUGGAAGAGGUCCUACACACGCUGA